AUGACGAACGGGACGCAUGGGACGACCGGGCGAUCUCGAACGGGGACGAGCUGGGCGCGAGGGACGCUCUGGACCGGCGCGCGCGAUGGCGAGGCGCGCGGGGGGGGGGUUCGCGCGCGCGUCGAUCGGGCGUGGACGGUGGACGGGAGGUGGGCGACGGGGACGGCGGGCGGACGCGGGGAAUCGCGCGCGCGGGCGGCGUCGAGCUCGAGCCCGGCCGCGCGCGCGGUGGUGGGACGGGAAAACGACGAGUCGAGCGCGAUGGUGAGGAAAGGGUCGAUCGGCGAGGCGACGCGCGCGGUGGUGGCGACGGCGACGGAUAAUAAUAACGCGUUCAUGACGCGGGCGCGGCGGGCGCGGGUGGGCGUCCCGGGGGCGCGGGCGGCGUACGAGAUCACGACCUCGGUGCGGGAAGUUUUCGGACACGUGAGUUUCUUACUCUUGGGGUACUCCUAUCUCACGAGCGAUCUGAUGCAGUUGCGGGCGCUCGCGGUGGGGGGGUUGUCGGCGGCGAUGGUGUUUCAAUACUUUCGCGCGGAUCCGCUGUGGUUGCCGAUUCGAUGGAACGCGCUCUUCGUCGCGAUCAACGCGAUUUGGGUCGCGAAGAUGUGGUUCGACGAACGCGACGCCGAGCGGUGGUGCACCGCGGAAGAGCGAGCGCUGUACGAGCGACACUUUUCGCACAUGGCGUUGGCGGAUUUUCGAACGCUCGUCUCGCGCGGUCGAUGGAUGGAUUUGGACGUCGGUACCGAGGUCACGACGGAGGGGAAGCCGAACGUGAGCGUGUGCGUCAUCGUUCGGGGCGACGCUGACGUGUUCAUCGGUGGGAAGCGAGUGAAUACGAUUCCCGCGGGCAACUUUAUCGGCGAGAUGUCGUUGAUGCGAAGCGUCGAGCACGGGAAGAACGGUAAAGUGAACAAGGAAGGAUCGAUCCAAGCCCGAGCCGCGAGCGCGACGGUCCGAAUCGUCAAUCGCGCGCGAGUGUUUCAGUGGGACGACGGCGUCUUGAGGCGAUUGCUGCGAGAGGAUGACAACGUGAAGAGCGGCGUGCACGCCGCGUUCGGCGUCGGCUUGGCUGAAAAGUUGCUCACGACGCGCGUGAUGUCCACAAAGAUGAUCCAGAGCUCUCCCGACCUCGUCAGAGGCGCUCUCGCGCAGUGA